GCGUCGAUGAGGCUGCACUGAUAGGCAGCACUGAUGGGCACUGAAAGGCAGCACUGAUGAGCUGGCACUGAUAUGCAACAAUGAUGGGCACUGAUAGGCGGCACUGACUGGCAGCACUGAUGGGCACUGAUGGGCACAGGUGGGUGGCACUGAUGGGCUCAAAUGGGCAGCACUGGUAGGUGGCACUGCUGGGCACCGAUCAUCAGGGCACUGAUCAUCAGUGCCCUGAUGAUCGGUGCCGAUCCCUCCUCUGACAAUUGCCGGUUAUCGGCAGCCCAAAACCGGCAACUGCGUGAUAAAAGGCCGCUGUGAUUGGC